UUUUGGUCUCGUAUUCUGGGGUUAUUGAAAUUUGGUUGUUGCGUCAUCGGCAGAGUAAAUUUUUGUUUAAAAUAAAAUGUCGGAUAAGGUGAUCCCUGUGGUGAAGGCUGAGGAGGUAGAAGCAGCAGAGGCAGAGGAAGAAGAAUUGGUGGAUCCACAGCAAACAUUGCGAGAGGAAUGUGGCCAGAAGCAGGAUGCUCAGAACCUGUGGGCAAAAUACCAGGAGUGCAAUGAUCGUGUAAACUCCAGGACAAACACUGCCGAGACCUGUGAAGAAGAGCUCAUAGACUAUAUACAUGUCCUUGACAAAUGUGUGAACAAAGACCUUUUCAAGAGGCUGAAGUAGAUUUGUGAAUUAACAUUAUUUCAAUAUAUGCCACUUGUUUUAGACAAAUGGAUUGUUUUGUUCUGCCAUUAAACAUGUGAUUUAAGGUGGUAUGUAGAUCAUUAGUAAAUUAUUUUACCAAAUAUUAUAAUUAUGAUCAAUGUUGAAGUUUCUUUAUGUAAAUAAAUAAUCACAGUUCAUGUC